UGUACCAAAAUACGGGGCGGGAAGGUGUUCAAUGAAAGAAAACUCGCGGUGCAGUCGAACUCAAACGUUCGUCUCCUUUGUAUGUUUUUGUGUGUUUACGUGAAUUUUGCGUGAAUAAAAACAGUGAAAUUAGAAACUAAUAAAGCCUAAGUGAACUGUUAAAGUGAUAUUUACAUCAAAACAAUUGGAUUAGAACGGACUUCGUUCCCAUUUUUGAAAAAGGAGCACAAAGAAGAGAACAUGGGUCUCCCGCACAUCACAUCGUUCUGCUGGUGCAUGGGCCUGGAGAGCGGCGCUAAAGUCGUUGGAGCCAUGCAUUUGAUCGCCUCAGGCUGCCUCUUAAUUGUGACGUCACUAAUGGCGCACGACGCUGGUUCGUAUGUGGGCACCAUCGAAGACGAGGGCGACCACAUCUACUCCAUCUGGUACCGGAUCGCUAUAGGCGCGGCCGUGCUGACCACGGUGCACGUGCUACUGGCGUUGGCCUUGUUGUACGCUGUGUGUAAGAGACACAUCACGAUCCUCCGCGCGUACGUGUACAUCAUGUGCAUACUGUACGUGUGCGCUGUGCUGUACAUCAUCAUAACGGCGGCGAUGCGCGGCCUGAGCGGCUCGGGCUCUGAUGUGUUCCUCGCCUUUUUGGAGGCUGUGCUGGUCUUUGGUUUCCUGGCGUACUGCAUCCUGUGCGUGCACAGCUACUACCUGAUGCUGCGCAGCGCGGACGACAUGGAAGGACCCAACAAGGCUUAUUAGAGCGCUCACAUGUGGAGGUACACAGCUACACACAGCUUAAUGGCGGGGCAUCCAUAAAACUACCCAUCUUGCCUAAUAGGGCAAGGGGUUUUGUGGUACCGUGUCUGAUUAAGAUAAUAAGUGAUAUCUUGCUACCCGUGGAGGAUCUACCUUAACCAAUUUUAGCCGUCUAUGUUGGAGGCUUGGUUGGUGGGGGGUAGGUUAAAAAAAAUUGUUCAGUAGGGGAUUUGGAUAGUUUGGUCCACAUUUAUGCUAUUAUUGUGCUAAUCUUAAAAUCCCCUUGCGACUGGGCGUUCAUAGAAUUCCCAUCAGCUUUGCCAUGCUUAGCAAAGUUGUUUCGGUUUUUUUCUAUUGGUCAAUAAAAAGUUAAUAAUCAUAGGAACCCAAUACAAGUUUGUGAUGUAAAAACUAUUUACACUUUUAGUUACAUGUAUAGAGAUCCCCCCCCCCCCUUAAAAAUAGCGUAGCGGCUUCCGAGUGAAAUGGCUGUGACAUAUGGACAGACGGACGGACAUGACGAAACUAUAGUGGUUCCUCUUUGCCAUUUUUGGCUUCAGAACCCUAAUAAAUGGUUUUACUCCUCCAAUUCAGUUCAAACGGCAUGUUAUUGCGUAUAGCCAAAUUAUCCGACUUUGCAUAAUAUAUUACGCCCCGCCACCAGUCAAGGCCCGCCACUGCAAUCCUUGCACAAACAAAGUUCCAUGGUCGAAAUCUCAAUGACUGUUAAAUGUGUAAUAGAACUUGUAAGUUCACAAAGAUGUAAGUGGCCAUGCUUUAAAUAUUUAGAUACGAGCGUUUACUUUCUAAGGACGAACCUAAUGAAUGCAAAUUUUUGUUUGUAUAGAACCCUUAAUAUAUUGCCAUAUUUCGAAUUUACAAUACAUAAUUACAUACGGGUAUGUUCAUUCCCAUUGCAUUAUUGACGAUUUCCUAACUUUUUGCCCACCGGUAAUUUAUACACCAAUAAUGUAAAAAGAAAAAUGCAGAAUAUCUCUGGAACAAUGUGCAGUUUUAUAACGAAAUAAAGUAAUACAUAGGGUGGGGUUGGGACGACCAGUUUGGCCUAGUGGGCAGUGACCCUGCCUACGAAGCCGAUGGUCCCGGGUUCAAAUCCUGCUAAGGGCAUUUAUUCGUGUGAUGAGCAUGGAUAUUUGUUCCUGAGUCAUGGGUGUUUUCUAUGUAUUUAAGCAUUUAUAAAUAUUUAUAUAUUAUAUAUAUCGUUGUCUAAGUACCCUCAACACAAGCCUUAUUGAGCUUACUGUGGGACAUAGUCAAUUUGUGUUAUAAUGGCCCAUAAUAUUUAUUUUUUAUUAUUUAUUUCAAAAUAAUUGUAUUAUAAAUAUUCUCUCCGAUAAUAGUGCUAAAAUGUGCCUCUUUUCGAUGAUUGUAUGCAGCAAAACAAAAGCUAGUUUUGGGGCAUUCCUCGUUAAUAUCGCUUCCGAAAUGUUUUCGCCUUUUAUGGCGGCAACUUCCAUGUUUAAAGCUAGAAAUAUACCAGCCCAAAAAUUUUUAUCGCUUUCUCAACAAUUUCAGAAGUAUGAUAAGAAUUUCAUUAAGCAAGCGACAUUCUCGUGAAAUGCCCUUUUUAGGGUUUUACAGAAUGAUUUCGACACAUUUUCUUAGCUAUUUUUUAUGGCCCUCAUAGAUGUAAGGACGCGCAGGAUUUUAUUAAUAAAUGACAUUCGGCAGCUACCUAUAUAGCCGUCGCAGUGCUUCAAUAGAUGUUUACUUAUGAAAGUUAAAUAUAAUGUAAGGAAAGGAUCCUAGCUGGGUUGGUCUCAUCUUGAGCUCAUUUGUAACUCCUUUGAAACUAAGAUCAUUAUAAGAGUGAUUAACAGUAUAAAUAUAAGAGAUAUGGUUAACUACAGAUAAUAAAAAAGAUUAAGCGCUUAUUACAAAUGAAGUAAAUAAAAUUAUACCUAUAUUUAAUUUUAUAGACGGCUAUUUCGAGGAGUAGUUAUUUUUCGGGGUAAUUACGAUUAUAAAGUGUAUUUCUCUGAUGGGAUUACUCUAAUUAUGGGAAUUUUAAUAUUAGUACGUAAGAAAAUAUAUAUAUAUAUAUAAUUAUAAUAAAUGUUAAGCACUGAAUGCGUGUUUGAAAGACUGGAUGCAUAAUUACACUUAAUAAAUAAAUUGCUUUUAUGAAUAUUGUACUUAGUUUAAGUCUUAACACAUAUAUAAUAUAUAUAUGGAUAAUUGUCUAUUGGAGCGAUAUAAGGUCUUUAAUAUGUAUAAAUAAGUGUUCAAGUUCAAAAUUCUUGUAAACUUCAGUAAUACUCUAUGUCAAUAUUAUUUCAGCCAAUAUUGCGAUUGGUAGCUACGUUAAAUUUUAUAAUACGAUGUCUUAUUUUUGGUUAAAUUUUGCACACAUAUGCAAGGAAAUAAGAGAGAUAGAGAUAUAAUGGUCGAAAGAGACUUAACAGAUUAUAUUUAAAUUAUUUGAUUUUAUAAAAUAUAACCUAAUACGUAUACAUACAUAGUUUAUAUAAUUAUGGUAACGUACUUACGUAUUUUUAUUAUUUGACCUAGUCAAAAAAGCGCCUUCAUACGAAAAGUACUUUGUAUCUGACCAACCAGAGUCUAUUUGCCAAUUUUACACUAUCUCACGGUGAUAUAUCUCUACUGCCAUAGAAUUUAUAAUGUUCUUGUAUUCGAAUUUUAACAAUCAUUUUGUUUAUUUAAAUAUUUAAAUAACACCUAAAGUUAAUAAUUAAAUGAGAAUUUACAAAAACUUUUUCUGACGGAUCGUUUGAGAUGGUGAUCGUCAAAUUACCAAGUUAUAUACCAAGGAUUUGUGAAGAUUCUAGGGUUGUCCUACCCUUAGUAAUUUAAACAGAAUUCCAUGUUUCAAAAACGUUUCAUGUAAAUCUACCCUAAAUAAUAUCGAUGUGCUUAAAAUGUCAUCCACCCAAAAUUCGUAUACAUGUCGACGGCCGAUGAUGAUGAUCAGGCAGAUUAUGAAUUUCCUAGGCAUAUGGUGAAUAGUAAAAACCAUUGUCUCGGUCUCUGAGUUGACGGUGCCCCGCUAUCGACUGCGGGGCCCCUAUUUCUUCCUCGGGCAACUGAAGCAACCUAAAGAAUCUAUCCUACUUAUCUAAUUAUUACCGUCAAAACAUUACACAGGAACUUUACGAUCGGCCUGAUUUUACGAACGGCUGCCGACAUGUAUAUUAUACCUACUGAGAGUGACAUUAAACAAACAAGUAAAAGUUACCGAUCACAAUCGUUGCGUCCACUUUCUACGCCUUUUGUAAAAUAUUACAAUACCUAUAUGAAAAGGAAUAAAAGUAUAAAAUUAUGUCUACUAGUUAUACAAUUUACUAAUUCUACAUGUAUCUUCUUAUGUACAUUUAACGAGAAGCCCUUAUUGCAUUUAUAAGUGAAGAAAUAACUACAUAUAUUCUAUAUAAAUGGCUUUUUAUUCGUAUUUGCGAUGCUAGUGAUACGACCAAAAUUUGUAAAUUUAUUUACGUUUUUAGUGAUAAUAUUUUUAAUAAGUCCAUCACACGAUUUAAAAUUGACACUCAGAAAUAGGGCAUUGAGAAACACGCGGGGUUGCUAUAGGCAAUGGAAAUACUACUCAUUUUUAGAAAUGCUUUUCGAUCUACCUGUACAUGUCGCAGGGUCUUUUUCUAUCUUUUACUUUUAAUUGUAGUAAAAACAGCUGCUUAGAAUAACCCCGCGUGUAACAUAACCCCAUUACAAAAAAAAACUUAUGAGAGACUUAAAAAAUCUGUUUGAUGUGAUUUUGCACAUUACUUUAUAACGUUAAAAUGUUAAGUUGUAUGGUCGUGUAAUUGUUAGACGCUUAUUUUUCAAUUAUAUUGCCUUUAUUAAACGUGGCUUUGCCCAAAUUUA